GAGUAUGCCACACGGUCAUGAGCGCCCUUACUUAAGAGUCUGUUCGCGAUGUGGCAGCACAGGGGUUCCUCCCAUCUUUUGCCCAUAAACACCACCAUCUGCUAUGCCCUCUGGUGCAGAGCGAAGAAGGCGUAAAGCCGCCAAUGCAGCCAAUGCAAGGCGCACGCCCACUCCAUCUCCUCCCGGCGACGACAUGCCCCUCGCCGCGUUCUUCGCUCAAUUUGCAUCCUUCUCAUUCAACGAAAACCAGUCCUCAAACAAGAACUAUGAUCGCCUGAUCAAGACCCUCAAAUGUAGCCCCGAAGAUACAGAGAGACGUGCGGUGCGGGAGGGGUUCAAAGACGCGCUCGUUCAGGAAUUCAACGAGCGUUUCGGAACUGACGGGAACGAUAUUUCCAACUGGCAGAACUUGUGCAAUGUGCUGCGAAUCGAUCCUGUUCCAGAUACAAUCGAGGACUGUCGCAAGUUCGUUUGGGACACACAUGUCAACCUUGUAGACCUGGUUGAUUCAGCGAGGACUGGCAAGCCUGUCAAGCUGUUUGCGUCCCUGGAAGAAUUGAAGACAUACACUCUCGGGAAGCCGGGGAAAAUCUUUCCGAAGGAGAAUGCGUAUCAAGGCGGGUUACUGAAGGAGUUACUGAGGGAGAUAAUACACACAUACCACGGGUCACGCAGGAACGGGAGUGCGAAGAGGAAAGAAAGAAAGAGAAAACGGAAGGCCGCAAGGACAGCAGCAGCAGGAGGUGACUGA